UUUGGAAAUACAAACGUUAGUCGAUGAUAAGUGAAUUUCGAUGAUUCUGUUGAUAUACAGUUAAAAAAAUAAAAAUGAAUGAACUCGAUGCGUUUAUGAUGGGUAAACCGGUUCAACGGAAAAUGUUGAGCGGAGGAAGUACAAAUGGAAGAAUUGUCACAGAAUAUGAGACAGCAAAAUAUGAAGAGGACGAAGUGGUCAAACGGACUAUGGAUUAUGCAAAACCAUUUGUGAAGAAAAUACGUGACGAAGUAUGGAAUAGAUUCAACAGAACACAAAUCGAAAUCGACCGACCGGAAACAAGUGACAUUUAUGGACGAUACAAUUUUUCACGACGAAUGCCAAUGGAAAAACUUCCAAUUGAAGAAUAUCGCCAGCAAAUAUUAGACACAAUCAAGAAGAAUACAGUUGUUGUUUUGCGUGGACCAACCGGCUGCGGUAAAACGACAAAAGUUCCACAAUAUAUUUUAGAUGACUACCGAGAACAAGGAUUACAUUGCAACAUUAUUAUUGCACAGCCGAGACGUAUAGCCGCUUCGUCGAAUGCAAAACGUGUCUGCAGAGAACGGGGAUGGCCUUGCGGAUCGAUUGUUGGCUAUCAGGUUGGCUCUGAUCAACGACAAAAUCGUUCGGACGAUACCAGAAUUCUUUUUUGCACUACAGGUGUUUUGGUGGAAAAGAUAAUUCACGGCAGCAAUCACAAUCCACUCGACCAAUUUACGCACAUCAUUCUGGACGAGGUGCAUGAGCGCGACAAAGAUAUGGACUUUUUAAUGAUUUCGAUCUAUAAAUAUUUGAAUCCAAAAAUUCGUAUAAUUCUGAUGUCGGCCACAAUUGAUGUGGAUAAGUUUGCCAAAUACUAUCAAGUCCCAUCAAAUAAUUGGUCAUAUGGAAAGGCUCCUGUAAUUGAAUUGAGUUCUGAACGCAACUUUACCGUCACCUCGAUCUUUCUCGAUGAAAUUGAAAAACUGGAAUUUGAUGAAAGGAUCAAUUCACCAGAAAUCUCCGAACAAAUGUAUAAGUGUGCUCUACGCUUAAUUGUUUUCUUUGAGCGAAUCGAUCGUUUACAUAGUGAGGCCGAAGGUGUUGAUGCUGAAACAUAUGAAAAAAAUCCAAAACCAACUGUUUUGAUUUUUCUUCCGGGAAUCUUUGAGAUAAAACAAAUGUAUCAGUAUCUUGAAGACUGGAGUAUGAUAAAUGGUGAAACGCGCUUAUUGCGCAUCGUAAUGCAUAGCACGGGUGAUCCGUUGUUAACUGAUUUGGCGAUGCGACAAUCGGACAAAAAUACGCGAAAAAUUAUUUUGGCUACAAACAUCGCCGAGAGUUCAAUCACCGUUCCGGACGUCAAAUACAUUAUUGAUUUUUGUUUGACGAGAAAUCUGGUUGUGAACAAAGUUACGAGUUUUCCGUCGCUUCAAUUGGCCUGGGCAUCACGUGAUAACUGUGAACAAAGAGCUGGCCGUACAGGUCGCGUCCGUAAUGGGUGGUGUUUUCGACUUGUGUCGAAAAGAUUCUAUGAGAGGGAAAUGCGGCAAUCAGCAAAAGCAGAACUGGUUACCAGUCCAUUGGAAAAUAUUAUAUUAAAGACGAAGCAAUUGAAUCUCGGCUCACCCGAAGAAGUUUUGGCUUUGGCGUUGGACAAACCUUAUUUAGAUGAAAUUCACAACGCUGUGCUACGUUUGAAAGAAAUGGGUGCGAUGCUAACCACAGUCAAUGGAAAACCUGCAAUUCGUGACGGUGACAUUACGUAUAUCGGUGAAAUAAUGUCAAGAUUGCCAAUCGAUGUUAAACUCUCGAAAAUGAUUGCGCUUGGCUAUUGUUUUGGUGUGUUGGAAGAAUGCACCAUCAUAGCCGCUGCGUUGAAUUGUUCAAAGAAUAUGUUUACAUAUAAUCGAACGAUGGGCGUUGAUGCGUAUACAAAGCGCCUUGAAUUUGCCGAUGGCAGUGGAAGUGAUUUAUUUGCACUUCUUAAUGCAUACAAGACAUGGAAAAAACUACGUAAUGCGGGCGAAUUCGGCAACAUAAAGAAUCCGAAGUAUCGCAAUGAAGUGAAAGCUGCUGAAAAGAAGUGGACUGAAGCAAACUACUUGGAAUGGAAUUCAUUGCGUGAAUGUGAUGAAUACGUGAAAGAUUUGCGAGUUCGUAUAAAUCGCAUGAAUUUGAUUGAUUGCAAAUGCGAUUUGAAAUGGAGUCGAAAUGAAAAGUAUAUUGUACUGAAAGUUGUUUUCGCCGGUGCAUUUUAUCCCAAUUACUUUUCGCGAUCGACAAAAGCAAAACGUGGCCAAACAUUUGAAGCGGAACACUUUAAGACACUUGGUGGCCGAGAUUUGAGCGAUACCGUUUACUUUACCGGCUUUAAAUUUUCUGAUAUGCCACAUAUUUACAUUAAACGCAUCAAAGAUAUAUUAGUGCAAAAUUGUGUGAUUAGCGAAAAAGAUUCGCACAACAUAACUGUUUCACAUGAUGGUGUAUCGGAACGCGUUUUCGUUUCGUUCAAGAAAAGCGGCAAAGAAGGUGAUAUUAGGAAAUAUGGUGUUGCAUGCAAUCCGGGCUUUGUUCUUACAGAAGUGUACAAAGCAAUCAAAUUGCGUUCACUGAAGCUUGAACAACCGAUUGAUGUGCUCUCUGAUCGAAAUGAAGCCAUUGAUUAUGCAAGAAAGCAUGGGUUGACAUAUACAUCGGACGGAAGAGUGUACAUAAAAGACGACACAGAAUACGAAAACGUUUGCUAUCCAAAAAAGCUUGAUAAAUAUGUGAAGGGAUAUAUAUCGCAUACGGAGAAUUGUGGUCGCUUUUGGUUUCAGCCCAGCAAAUACUUGAUCGAAAUCAAUAAGAUUUUCGAAGAAAUAAAUAAUCCGAAUAGUGAUUUGGAACCGUUCCACCAAGAAUCAGAUGUAGUUAUCGGUCAAGUUUUGGCUGCUGCCUUCCCCAGUGACAAUAGUAAAGUGGAAUUUUACCGAGCCAAAAUAAUCAAUAUAGAACGAGAUAAGAAAACAAAACAGAUUACCUACGAGGUUCGUUUUAUUGAUUUUGGUAAUAAAAUCACGUGCAAUUUGAGUAAAUUACGACGUUUACGUGGUGUGUCGUCUCAUUUUCUGUCAUUGCCGCCAUAUUGUUAUCAAUGCUCACUUGCCUACAUUCAACCAUCACAAUUGAAUGCACCAGACGGGGUUUGGCAACAAGAAGCCAAUCUCCUUUUCGUUGAACAGACAGAUGGCAUCGAAGUUGAAGCUGAGAUUUUUUCAAUCGUUAAUGGAAUCGUUCGUGUAUUUUUAAGGGCAAAUGGUGUAGAUAUCAAUAAAUAUCUGCUGGAUAAUAAUGUCGCAGAGCAUUGUGAGGAGAGCUACAUGUCAAAGUUCGAUCACACCGAAAGAGAUAUUGGCCGGAAUGACAAGAAAGGCCGAAAUUAUUUGACACAAGGUAUUGUUCGGUAUUUGCAAGAAGAAGAUGUACCGACAAUUAAACCACCAACACGAAGCGAUGGUCACAUGCAUACGAUAAAAAUAAAGGGACCGUACACUCCGUUGGAUAGUGUUUUAUAUGGUUUAACCGAUAGUGCAUCGGCAUCACCGAAUAUUGAUGAUCAGUCCGUAAACCAUGUACUAUUAGAAAAUGAACCAAAUGACAUGUCGGAAAAAUAUUUGGUGGCAGUUUCGACGCAUCAACACAAUGAAAAUGCGACGAUCACUAUUCGAUACACUACACUGAUGCCAAACAUUCGUCUAUUUGGUCCAUUGAUGGCUGCCAUAUUUGCACCGAAAAUAAAACUUUUGCGAAACACUUCGAAAACCAAAUACAUUAAAAUGAUUACUGGUCUUGGAUGUGAUGCUAAUGGCAAGUGUCUGUCGUCACAAUCGAAUAUUAAAUUCGAUCUGGAUGUCGAACUCACAAAUAGCGAUAUAGAAACGAUAAACAACAUUCGCGGUUCGAUGGAUCGAUUAUUGCAACGUAAAUGCUUUGAGACAUAUGACACUGAAAAAGUUUCAGGAAUAAUGAAAAGGCUUCAAAACGAGUUGAUAAGUUUAUUGUCAAAAACGCGAUUAUUGCUUGGUGAAGAAUACGGCGAUCUUACUUGGAACCCAUACAAGGAGGACGAAAUUGACAAAAGCCUAAAAACUAGCAGAGAUGAAUGCAACAGAAUUUUGCCACGACAUCAAGCGAUGAAAUUGUAUAAGCCAGAAUCUGACUACUUACUAAACAUGAAAAAACACAAUGAAGAUCUGAUUAAAAAGAAAGACGCCGUCAACGAUAACCCGACGAACCGAAGUGAAAGGUGUCUAAUAUGCAAUGUUGACAUCGAAACUGCAAUUCGAUAUCAUCUUCUGUCACGCCAACACAAGGACGGAGUCCAAUGGAUCGAAAACGCUAUACAAGACAAACUUCGGAAGAAUUCAUUUUCCAUAUAAUAAUCAUGCUAAGUUUGUUGUCAUCAAAAAUUAUGUUAAAACUAAACAACAAAUCUCAAUCUGAUCAAAUUUAAUUUGAAUAAAAAAAUGUGUUAUAUUGUUAAAAGUC